AUGACUCCGAUGGACAGCCAAACGACUCUCACAAUUUCUGAAGGCUAUGAUUUGCCAACCCAGCAACGCUACACUAAAAAAAAGUUUUCUUGUUGUGACUGUUUUCACAGACAAUGCACAUUCCGACUAUGGCAAAUUCUUGUGUUUCUGCUCGUUAUAGCGUUUAUCAUUGCUGUAAUGGGUCUUCUGAUCGCCAUGCUUGGUCCAGGCAAUACAAACCUGAAGUACUCCAAGACCUCCAAGAGUGAAUCCAAAGCAGAAAAUCCAACCAACAAGAUUCAUACAGGUAAUCUGCUCAUUUCCUUAUUGAGACACAUGGUUAAAGCUGGUGAAAGCGAAGUCUAUGGGACAGCUACACUCCAAAACUAUUACAGAUAUAAUAUAUAGUUUUAUAGAAGUUCCCUUCUUCGAAGAUUUUGUUUGCUGAUAUAAGCUGUCCACAGUGUGUCCAGGAAGUGAGAAAUAUCAAAUAAAUUUCAAAUAAAAGAGAAUUAGUAGUUUAAAACUGUUGAUUAAUGGAAAAGCAAGCUUGAUCAGACAAGAGACCUUAUCAGUUCGCGUUAUUUUAUCCAGUUUUUACCAAGUACAGAUAUAUCACUAGAAUUUCAUUUCAGCCUUAUUCUGGCGAUUACAACCAGUUAAUUUGCUUUUAACUCAGAGUAACCCUAACCCUAACCCGUCUCACUAAAAAGAAAGCAUGUUCAACCACAGCGCAAUUUGCACCUAAUCAUUUUUUUCUCCAGGAUAGCGUGACAUUUUUUUUUCAAGGUCAAAGGAACUGAGAGAGAAGUGAAAUAAGGUUUUAGCUUAGAAAAAUGCCGGAGGUGAAGAGAACUAGCUACUACUUACAGCUUUUUUCAAAAUUAUUGUAAAAUUAAAGAAACUGAAGUUAAAAGAAAUGCUCCAGGGCUAGAGCGACCUGUGUUAUAAUUUUUUUCAAUUUUUGCAUAUUUUCUCGCAGUAAGCUGUCUGACAUGAUAAUCUCAAGUUUAUAGUAGACAUAAACCAUGAGGUAAAACUCAUCAGUUACCUGUGCAACAGAUUAUUGUUAGAAAAGGAGGGUUAGUUUAAGAUCUCUUUUAGCUUAUUACCAGUUAAUGGAGUUAAGACGUAUUUUGUUCGAUAAAUGUUACUGUGUUCAUGGAUCUUUAAGAAUUCAAAUAAUUAUUGGAUCAUAUUGUGAAACGUCAUAAAAAUGUCAGCUAAAAGCUCGGAAGAUCUCUUACAUGCCAGUCAAGGAUCGUGGAAAAGAAAAUCUGUUUAAAAUGUUUAUUUUUGUUGAAAUCUUUUGUUUUGAAAGUCACUUACGUGACCCACUCAUUGACAGAAUUGAGCAAGACCGGAAAAGUGGGAAAUAGUUUUCGUUUCAGUGUCGUUUCUGGUUACACUGUGCGUUUUUAUGGAAUCACCCAGUGCUCGCAGAUAUUUUCGCUUAUUGUUAUUGUGACAUUGAAACACAGUACAAAUUAACAGAAAAUCAAUCAUUUGUCAAAAUUUGAGUUCAUCCAUGCAAUGGUGCUAACAUAUUUAAAACGGUGUUUGUUUGCUGGGAGUGAUCACGUACUUGAGAAUGUAUCGUGGAGAUCUCAAAGCAUAGGAAGUUCAAUAUACCUGUUAACUCCUUUCUAGAACUCACACGGAUCAUAAUUAGAGUGUAUUUAAUAAUAAUAAUAAUAAUAAUUAUAGUAAUAGUAUUUAUCCAGGGAGCCCACUCGCCUUAGCGGUUUUCAAUGGGGCCCAAAAUAAAACCACCUACUUUAAAAAUUAAAAACUAAGAAAACAGAUGAAAAUUGACAUUUACAUAUAAAACUAAUUUUGAAAUCGUUUAACAAUUGUAUAGGGCAUUGUUUAGAAAGUUUUAAGCUUUGCCUUAAAGUAGGACAAUGAUUUGCUGUUUUUAAUGUCAUUGUCUAGGUUGGUCCAGUCCUUAGAGGCUUGGAAAAUGAACGUUUACUUGCCCCAAUUGGUGCGCACAGGAGGAAGGUGUAAAUCAUUACAUUUGCGGGUUUAAUAAGAAUGAAAACUACAAUUGCGUCUGAUGUCAAAUUGAAAAUCAAUUUAACCAGACAGAUAUCUUUGCAUCAUAACACAGCGAUGGAAGUGUCGUCUCUUUGAGAGAGUCUUUAGGUCCAAUGCAUUCAGUGCCUCGGUUGAUGAAAAACAUUCACAUAUUGUCUAUCCCUGGUUGUUCAGUGUAUAUUAUGUAUCCUUUUCCUUUGACUCGAAUUUGUGCGUGAUGUAAAAGAAUCUUAGAUAUGGGCUGUUUGUCUUUCUUAAUCCUUGAUGACGUCACGAUGGGAUGUUGGUCGUAAACAAAGGAAGCCGAAUACUUUUCGUGGUCAAUGGUGCGGUUUAAAUGAACGAACUGAAGGAGGGGUCUAAAAAGGAAGAAUAAGGGUGAUUUACCAUUAGUGUCAAACUGGAACUAGUUAGUUAACUCCUUUUUUUUCUUUGUUGUUGUUGAUGUUGUUGUUUGCGUGUCCUGUCGGCAUGAGAAAGCACACAAACACUAAAACAAAAACAGUACUAAUUUAUGUCUUUUCACACCAGGUACAGAACCUACGUCAUCUACAAAGAAAAAGACGGAAGGUCCGACGGGAAGAACUACUAAAGAAGGCACUUGCCAGCCCUUAGAGACCACAGUAACUCCAACCACCCUUCCGCUUGAUAACAGGAUACCCAUUCAGUGUGAUGUAGCUAUAGUUGGGGGAGGUACGUUCUCUUACAAGACUUCUUGUAUUACUAAGGAGAAAGAUGUUUGACUGAGAAUUAUCUAGAACUGUUUUGGAAAAUUAGAAAGUCCUGUUUAAAGGAUGAGCAUGUCGAAGAAUUCAGAUGAAUUAACAUUCAUCGCAUCUACUGCCAGACACCUCCUCUUAACAAUUACCUCAAUAAGACACUUAAAAGAAUUUGAUCGAAUGCUAACCUCAAAGCAAAAAAUUAAUAUUCGUUAAUAGUAAUAGUGUCAUCGUGUUUUAAGUAUGAUUAAGGAAUCCGUUAAGCGUUUAAGUAUUUUUCAGGUCUUUCAAGUACAACGUAAACCCAGUUUUAGUUUAACGUUGGGAGGAAUGGAAAAGGUUAACUUACGGAUCAAUAAGCCGAUACGGAAUUACCUUCCGCCGAUAUUACGGUACUGUUGGCUUAUAAAUUUUCAAUGUAACAAAAUAAGCCAAAAAAAGAAAUAAUUUAUUGGAUAAGAAAACAACGAUUUGCAGUAGAGAUGAUAAUACAGGAGAUGAAAUCAAUGUGACGGCAGCCGGUGUAGUUAGAGACACUAGCACGCAGUAGCACUUUUUCGUGAUUGCAGUGUUUAUAGGCCUUUUUUAUGAAUCUCUUUACGUUUUCAGGCAUUUCUGGUCUUCUGACAGCAUAUGCGCUCCUUAAAAACAGUAAAGAAACUAAUGUUUGUAUUUUGGAGAAAGAGAAUCGUCUUGGAGGGAAAAUCUUUGAUCACCGUUUUGCCGAUGCUCCUAACGUCUCAAUAGGUUGGUUUAUCUUUGUGUUGUAGCACUUUGAUUACGUCCACUGUUAGUCAAAUUUAGCUUGACAAUCAGGGUAAUUCAUUAUGUGCUGAAGUGAGAACCCCUUUUUUGCCUUCUGUAAGUUGUACCAACCAAUCAGGUCGGGAAGAAUGUUCUUUUAAACUGCGUUAAAGGUAGCCUCCCACGCACGCGUUUUUUAGGGGAGCUCGUAUUUCCCUCGUCUGUGUAGCAGACUAGUAUUUCCCUCCCCACAAACGACAAACAAGCGAUUGGUGAGAUAGAAAAUGUUCUAUACCAGCGAUCGUUGUCGCUUCGAUCGCUGCAAUCACUACGAUCGCUGGAGAGUGGUUUCCAUACGAUCGCUAUGAUCGCUGCGAUCACUUAACUUUUUUUUUGUCAGCGAUCGUAGCGAUGAUAUGGAAACCAGGCUAAAGAGGAGCAAAUUCUCUCAGCCCUCUAAGGGCGUUACGACAAAGAAGUAACCUACUCUUAAAUAUCAUUACAGGGCUUGGACAGUGGCACAUUUAUAUCGAAAACCACGACGAAAGGUAGGAGAAAAACUAAAUUAAGAUCAAGUUAGUCUCAUGCUCCAUAAUGUUUUGUGAGAAUGCUGGAAUUGCCCUUUAAUGUAGCUCCUAAAAUUCACUUUCCGGUAUUGUUUUGCGAUUCUGAUAUUGUUCAGUGUUUUUAAAUCCUUUGUAUUACUUCAUUAAUUGUUGAUUAUACCAAUCCGCAAUACCAAGAGACUAGAAAUAAUCGAAUGACAAUUAUAGCAGUUUGCCAGCUAAAAUCACUGAGUAGGAGGGUUAUUUUUUAUUAGUAUAGUGCUGCUGAAUGCUUCUGUUUGCUAUGGUCACUGUACCCUGAGUCUCUGUUUUUCAUUAAUUGAUCCCAUGCAAGAGUUAUGGAAAUGAUUAGAGCUUUGUGAAUCAGAGAGGUAUAUUAAUUAAACAUGUUUAGACCUCGUGUCUCACAGUUCCCUCUCCCUGGGCUGUUUAAAUUUUACCAUAGAGAAGGAAGGGGGAGUACCUUUUCUCGUGAAAAAAUGAGUGAUGCAAAAAGUGAUUCUGAAUUCGCUUUUGGUAAUAUUUGUAAGUAUCAAAAUAGAAUGAAUCCUUUGUUAACUUUCGGUUUUGCCUCAGGGGCACCUACCUUUGAUCUGUAUUUUCUACAGUUUUGUUCCAUCAUACAAGUUCGGCUUGUUUGUUCAAUGUUGCUCCAAUGAGGAUUUCUGUCAAUGAGAAUUUCAAUAAACUACGUCACUGUUUGAAAAGUUCUCCUCCUUCGUAGCGGCUUCGCCUUUGGUUUGUGAAAAAUGUUUGUAGCCAUGAAUAAUUCUCCUCACGGGAGAUAUGAACUCAAUAAAUUGACCUCGCUCCCAGUGUAUGGCUUCAUAGCUCAGUUGGUAGAGCAACGCACCGGCAACUCGGAGGUCACGGGUUCGAAUCCCGUUGAAGCCCUGAUUUUUUUCAGGCUUCUUCUUUCCAAUUGCUUAAAUUGGAAAAUUUACUGCGAUGAUCAUUCUUCACUUUCAAAAACAACUUAGUUCAAUAAAAUCCCUUCAUUGCUUUCAGCGAACUUUGUUAUGAACUUGGACUAAACGAUCUCGACGUUUGGGACACAAGAAAAGUUCAUCGAGUUGAAGAUCGCGGAGUAUACGCAGACAGUUUCGAUUCCCUGAAAUCAGGAGCAUUUCCAACAUUGCUUUACCGUACGCCAACGUACAACAUGACAGUUUUGGAAACUGCGAGCUUUGUUACUAAGACAAAUAGUGGAAAUGGUAAUGAUCUUCGAACGGCAGGAAGAUUCCUGUCCAGCUUUCUGUCCCCUGAAGGAGCCAAAUGGAUGACAGAUGCAUACGGCUUAAAAGGUGGUUACAUAGAAAAGAUAAACCUGAAAAGCUAUAAAGAACACCUCAAAUGGACGCUUGUGUUAGACCAGGGGAGGGGUGAUGAUUACAGGCCGAAGAAGGGAAUGUCAACGUUAGUUGAAAAUCUUUUUUUAAGAGUGCGAAACCUAAAUGGAACAAUUUAUCUUCAAGAGACAGUGACUUCCGUCAGCAAGCGAGGAAACAGUUUUGUCCUUCUCACCUCGAACUUCACCGUUCAAGCAAAUAAAACGGUUCUUACCUCUGCACCGGAAGCUCUGAAGGAAAUAAAAGGUGAUGUCAUGCAAAACAUCACCAAUAAUGACAUUUUUAAGUCCAUUGUAAGUGUGCCAGCUUUUCGUGGGGCAGCGGUGUAUCCAACUGCAUGGUGGAAUGACGCUGUCGCAAUACAAAAGAACAAUUCACUGCAGAAUUUGCAGACGUUCAUUUCCAACAGCAACUGUCUCGGAAUCACUAUGCCUUACAAGUAAGUGCUAACAAGUAAUGGUACUUAGCGGGUCUGUAAUAAAUAAUAAUGAACCCCCUCGUUUUUGUUUUUCGGGAGUGAGUUAGCUCUCUUCAGAGGCGACACUUAACCCGCCAAUGACAGCCAAUGCAUAUCAAUCCACGAAGAAACCUAACUGAUAACUCUGAUUGCUGUCAAUUGAAAGGAAGCGGGCCUAGUUCCUGACCCCAGCAGGAUUAGCUUUGUAGUCGGUAGAGCGCUUGACUGCAGAGCGGGAGGUCGCCGUGUGUUUGAUUCACGGGGCCCUCGAACCAAUGAUUGCCUUUGCCCAGCAAACGGCUAGACAUUCGCGUGCCUGGAUAACCACGUAAAAUGGCGGUCCCGUUUCUCUUGCUAUUCAUUUCGUGCACGCCUGGUUGAUUACUCCUUGACUAGUAUCAUCAUUGUUUUUAUUUGUUACAGGAGUUCUCAUAACAAUGGCACGGCAGUGCUGCAUACCAUAGCCAAUAAUGGCGGAUGUAGUGACAACUGGGGAAACAUCUUGAAGGUCAGCAAGGAUGCUGUUGAUAAGGAAAUAAAAAGAGCUUUGGAAUACAAGUUUCAAAGAGAAAUCCCAGAACCAAUGGAUACCGCUUACAAAUAUUGGGAAGAAGGAUUCUGGUAAGUUGUUGCUUGUAAGCCUGAUCUGCAAAAGCAACGGUCACGUCGUCAUCAACCAGCUGUUUUUGUUUUCGCGGUUUUCUACCCCUAGAACGCAUCCUUUAGAUGUUUGUGACUUACUCAUAACCUCUACAAGAGGUGGUGGUGCAUGGUGUGAGAAGAAAAAGGGGCUAGCCUCCAAUCCUCUUAUAUAGAAAGUCUUUGGCUUUAUGUUGUGAUAGUAAGAUUAGGCAUUAAUAAAAUAAGACAUAUAAAACAUGAUUAGUUUUAAAAUAUUUUGGAUGUUGUGGCCACGCUAACUUCCGGACCCUCCACAACUGGGGCUUUCUCAAGACAACCAGGAGAUAAAGAAAUCAGAAAAAAGCAAAAAAUUGUGGCGAAAUUUCCUGGGUGAUUGUAAUGGCACAAGGUAAUAAACCCACUUAGCGACUUAGUAGGUAGCUUGUUACUAAACCCUCAUUGCCUUCAUAAUCGCACUGGCGUUCAACUCAUUUAUAUUUGAUAUAAGGCUGGAUAAAUCACAUGGCCGUGACGGCCGGUAUAGCCCAUGUUACAUACAUACAUACACACAUACAUACAUACAUGCAUACAUACAUUUAUUGAGACUCCCUUUACAGGGCUUUUCAGUCACAAUGUUGUCAGAUAGUGAAACCGGCUCUGAUAUAUAGGCGACACUAAGAGAAACGUUGCCAAUUAUAAGUGCUUCUAAAUCAUUCACCGAUUUUUAAUUUUAUUGUAGGUUUUUUCAGAAGCCGGGAACCAACUUUUCCUUAACCGACGUACGUGCCUGGGCCCAGAAACCGCUGGAUGGAAAUAACGUGUUCUUGGUUGGGCGAGCAUUUUACCAGUUUGGUGGAUGGCUGCAGGAUGAUAUUAAAUCUACUGCUAAAGCUUUAAAACAGGGAUGGAAUCUAACACUGGAACUAAACGGCGGAGAAAUAACUGACUCGAACUGAUCUAGCUCAUUCUUUCUUGUGUCUGUCAGCCAAUUAAACAAAAGCGCUCCGGUGAUGAAUAGUGUUUGCGUUCUGCUAAGUCACAGAUCUUUUUCUCCUUGAAGAAUCAUCAUGUUGAUGUAAAUUUUCCUUAAGCCAGAUAUUUGUAUAUAUAUAUAAAACAGUAUGAUCAUUAUUUUAGUUAACUUCCCUGUAGGUCUCCUUAGCUUGCAGAGCGCGUAUUUUUUUUUCUAGUUAUAGAGUAACAAUUUGAAAGUUACGGCAAAUAGUUAUCACUUUAAUCGCUCCCAUGCUUUGAGAAUCUGCAUGACAAUACUGCACUUUAAAUCUAAGAUGCUGAGUUGUGGGUUGGAUAGUAAUGUGAAUCCAUAAUUCAAACUGUUCUGCGGUUGUAACAUGUAUCCUGGUUCCAAGGGUUUUCCUUGUUCUUUCAUGAAACAAACUUGAGAGGAAAGAAAUAAGACGGGACCAGAAAAAAGAAAAGGAGCUCGGAAAUAAACUUAACAAAAAAUGAUGAUCGAAGAAAGGAGAGAUAAAACUUCUAGGACAAGGGUACAGGUUACAUGCAGCUCGCACACGCCACGGGCGGAUCAGGAGCUUAGCAAUUCAAUUAAACUCACCCUUUGUUGCUUUGUACGAGAUCACGUGACAUUUCCCUGAGAAACGUUGUCAUGUUGAGCAAAUGGCGAAAGUUGUUUUUUGUUAUCUCUAACCGUCUUCUUCUCCCUUCCACUUAACCCCUCUCAUUCCGGUUUACUCCUUGAAAACAUCCUCUCUUUCCAUUUUCGUCUUUUAUCUCUUUAUUGGGUCCUUCUUGUUUUCCGAUCUAGCAAGGGUAAAAUAAAGGCCAGCCGCGGGUUUUUGACAAAGGAAAACAGGUGAUGGCAAACCACUAUAGGGGUAAAGCAAUCAUCAUCCUUUCACUGAUGCUCAAUACCUUACCUGGUUCAAAUUAAAGUUAAAUUAAAUCACAAACUGGACUGCCAAUCUGAAUAUACAAACUAGGGUAACUGUCAUUAUUUUGCCGUCAUAUGUAACUACUAAGCAAAAGAGAUAUUUUAACUAAGGGCUUCAAAGGUUGAAAAGACAGUAUUCUUAAUUUAAUAAACUGCAUAAAAUCUAAAGAUCAUUACUUUGGAUGUAAAGAGUUACUAAGAAUAAAAACCUGCCGUGGCAUGUGCGCAGUGCGGUAGACGCGACUACAGGUAGGCCUGUAACAGGACAUUAUUUGUAUGAACCGUACUUGAGUAUGGGUUGUAACUAUAUCGACCAGAUAUACUUAGGUUACAAUUGAUCAUGACACUAUUUUGUGCCUUCCUCGUUGCCUAUACAAAAUCCUUGCUCACAAUGCAAACGUAAAUAGAACUUAAUGCGGUCAA